UGGUAUUUGUUGUGUUGUGUUGUGGAAACGAAAGUCAUCGGAGGAGAGAGCGUAGCGUGAAGCGAUUCGGAUUCAAAUUCAUAAAUUCGAAAAUACGAAUAUCGGUUAACACAUUUUUAUGUUACUAUCUAAGAAUAUGGACAAUUUAAUAGAGAGAUGCGAAUAUUCUGACUUACUUUAUUGUAUUAAUAAUUCGAGAUCAUUUAUUACUUCAGUGACCUUCGAAAUUUGGCAACAUUGAGUGCGAAAAUUCUAAUCAUAUUGUUGCCGAAAAACGAAGUAUCAAAAGGAAAAAAUCAAGCAAACGACGAAAUAUAUUUAAAGAAACAACAACAAUUUGUUUUUUGGCUUUGUUUUAUUUACUUUGUUUUUGUGGUGCAGAAAGAAAGAAGGCGAAGUAAGGCAAAUGAUAUCUCAGAUAGAAUCCAUUCGGAAAGUGGGAACUUGUUGAAUGCAUUUAAUAAGUGAGAAACAAAUUCACACACGAAACCAUUUCCAUGAGAAAUUCGAAAUAUUAUCUAAGUUUGAUUUGAUUGUAACAUAUAUAACAUAUAAUAGCCGAAAUUAAUGUACAUUUCGGUGGUGGUGUUUGUCGGUUAAAUAAAGAAACGAGAAAACGAAUAUUUCGAACAGCAAGAGUGUGCUUUUGUCAUACACCAUACGGUAAAAGAAAGAAGUGAUCGAUCAUAACCUCAAUAUACAUUCAUACAUACAUAUUAGCAAAUAAAGUGAGUGGAAGUGAAUCAAUUUUUGGGGUGUGCGUGCCAGUGGAAUAAAAGUGGUGAGCUGUUCUCGGCUUUUGCAGCAUUUUGGGGGACUUAUACGCCAUCACAUAUCCACCAUGGACCUUUUGUGCACGGAGAACAUAAUACAAGAAUAUGAAACGGAUAUAUUGUGUCACAAUCGCCAUCACCAACAGCAGCAAAGUCGUCCAAAACAGUCCUCCUCGACAACGUCGUCUACAAUAUUCAAAGUUGAGCAUAGCAAACAACAUCAAGAACCGCAGUCCAUAAUUACCACCAUCAGCAGCAACAGUAACACUUCACCACCUUCGCUGUAUUCGAGCAGCUCGUCACUAUCCUCAUCGAGCUGCUGUUCAUCGACCAACUCUUCGGGUUACAACUCGAGCAACAGCAGCAGCAACUCAAGUACUGGCAGCAGCAGUAGCAGUUAUCCACACACUGCCAAGCUGACGUGUGAGGAAAAUGCCAACAAACCAUACCUGGAAACAUGUGCUGAACCGGCGCAGGGCUACCUUCAACAAAAGCAACUCACCGGUGGAACAUCAACGACUCAGAAUGUUUAUACAAGCAAUUUGAUAAACCGUUCGUUGGAUUACGUGAAUACAGCCACCGAGGAUCCAACCUUUCUCACCGAUCGUUGCUUAGAAAAUGCCCUCAAAGCAGAGGAGAAAAGACCCCAACCAGUAUGUACCUACUUCAAGACGGUACAAAAGGAUAUAACUCCACCCAUGCGAAAAAUCGUGGCCGAGUGGAUGAUGGAGGUUUGUGCCGAGGAGAAAUGCCAAGAAGAAGUGGUUCUACUGGCCCUUAACUACAUGGAUCGUUUUCUGUCUACAAAAUCGGUGCGUAAGACGCAUUUGCAAAUUCUAGCCGCCGCCUGUCUCCUGCUUGCCUCAAAACUGCGAGAGCCCAGUUGUAGGGCUCUAUCCGCCGAACUGUUGGUCUUCUAUACGGACAACAGUAUUCACAAAGCUGAUUUAAUCAAAUGGGAAUUGUUCGUUCUAAGUCGUUUGGGCUGGGAUUUGUCUUGCGUCACACCAUUGGACUUCUUGGAAUUGUUGCUGAUACGUCUGCCUAUCAGAUGCCCGGACUAUCCCGAUUUGGAAGUGGACAAAGUGCGACAACAUGCCCAGGCGUUUAUAUCGUUAGCAGCCAAAGAACACCAUUUCUCCAUGUACUCCGCCAGCACCAUUGCAGCUUCUUCGAUUGCGGCCGCCCUCAGUGGUUUGAAUUGGCAUUUGCGUACGGGUCAAAAUUUACGCUAUUUACUUAAUCUUCUUACGGAUCUGACCAGUGUGGAACAGGAUUUUCUUCAUGACUGCAUGAUGAAAAUGGAAACGAUAUUUGAAGAACACAGCCGUAAUCUCCAACCGUAUUUGGGAAGUGCGGAACAGUUACAACAUCAUCAUCAUCAGCAGCAGCAGACACAAGGCCCUACAUGUUUGGGAGUUGGUGGUGGAACAUGUACAUCAUCAUUGUCGCCUAAUGCAGUGUCUUUAUCGUCCUCACCGUCAAUACCAAAUCAAUCUCAAUACCCCACAAAUCCUCUCUACCAUCAUCAGCACCAGCAUAAUAAUUAUGAUUAUUAUGAUCAGCAGCAACAGCAACAGCAGCAGCGUCAACAGCAGUAUGUACACCAGCAUCAAGUUCAUUAUCAUCACCACCAGCACCAACACCACCAUCAGCAUCAUUAUAAAUCUCUACAUCAUCAUUCCACAGCGUCCUCGUCUAUUUCUGCCAACUCGCCCACGUCGUCGAACCAUGAUUUGGUCAAUGGGAGUGUCACUGCCAAUGUCUUACUACCCGAUCUAACACAAACCUGCAAAAUGCAGGCCAAUGCCCAAAAAGAGGUGCAGGAUAUAAAAUUCUAAGUCGUAUAUUUAAGUCAAUUUUCUUUACACCAUUUAACCAACCAACUAACCAAUCAAUCAAUCAACCAUACACAACCAUCAAGCGUUGUUGUUAGUUAAGCUUAAACAUUUGAAUUUGAAAAUCGAAGUGAUGUAAAGCCUUCUUCUUCGUUCGAUCCCUAGAUCCGCUCGCCCAAUAGGCCUGCAACAUUUAUUUUAUAUAUUUUUUUAUUUUAUUUUAUUUAAUAUUAUUUUCUUAUAUUUUUCUUUUUUGGUGCUUUUGUUUAUUUUGUAUAGCAUUUUACAAAAACUGGAUUGUAUUCUGUGUUCAUAGCGAUUUUUUUUAUCUAUUUACUUGGAUUAUUAUUUUUUUUUAUUUAUCGCAUUUGCUUGAAUUUUUGUUUUUUUUUUUAAUUUUAAUUUUAUUUUGCUACUAAAUUAAUUAGUAACUGCAAAUCUAAUCUAUCUAUUGUAAUUUUCUAUACACAUGUGUGUGUACACAAUCUAUUCACAUAUACAUACACACUCGUACUUCUUGUGUAUCCUAUACCUAAGUAAUCUUCUGAAGAUUUCAGUGUUGAUAUCUAGGCAACGCAUCAAUGUUCGGUUUUUGAAUGGGCUGUAAAAUGUCAUAUUUAUUUAAAACAAAAAGAAAGAAAGAAAAAAAAAAAGAAAAUACCUCUUAUAUAUUUUUCUAAUUUUAUAUAUAUAUAAAAAUAUAGAAAUGAAAAUCAACUGUAAAUAGUGUAGAAUCUGCCAGAGUGUAUCCCGACCGCUCCAUAAGUAUCGAAAAUAAAAACAAAUGAAACUUUCAAAAGAAUUAAAAAACAA